CAUCAUAACGUUCUCUUUUCUGUCACACUGAUGAAAAGUUGUUUUUUUCACAAAAUUAGUACUAGCAUAUUUGAUUCACAUAAGACAAAAUAUUUGCCUUAAUUGGCAAAAUAAAGCUUUUGCAGCCUAGAGCCUCAGCCUUUUCUAUGUUUCAAGUAGAGUUCAUUAACUAUGGUUUUGAAAUAGUCUUCACUCAUAUCUCACAAUUACAAAACAACUAGAAAGAAAAGAGUUUUAGGAAGAGAAAGAUGGUAGCAACAAGGUUAAGUUUGGCUAGAAGAAAUUCUCUACAACUACAACAACCAGCUACAAGCUUAUUAUCUCCAACAUUCAAAUGUCAUUACAAGAAAAGGAUUUCCUUGAAAGCCUGUGGUCUUUGCACUCCUACAAAAGCUCCAGCAGUUCCAUCACCUCCUGUGCCACCAGGGGUUUCAAAUGGAAAUGCUCCUGGGCAAGUUUCGACAAGCACACUUGCUCCGGAAGUCUGCACUUCAACAAAAGCUCCAGCAGCUCCCACAAUUGCUCCGGAACAAGUUCCCCCACCUACUGUAGUACCACCGGGAUCAAGCAGUGAGAGGCCCUUGGAAAUUCCUGGUGAUGAAGAGGAAGAAGAGAGAGAAAGAAAACUAAACUUAAAUCCUUUAUCAAGACUGGAGGCACUAAAACCAACACAUACUGCUAGUAGCAAUGAAUCUUAUCCCCAAAUGAACGAACAAUCAAAGAAUAUGAUCACUGGUGUCAAGUCUUUUUUGGUGUCUCGUCUCACUUCUAAGACCACUGCUAACGUGGAGGAUAUGGUUAAUCUUGCCAUUGGCGCUUUCACUAUGUUGAAAUGUCUCAGUGCUGAUUACGGUUGUUUCUACAGAGAUGUGAAGGAUUUGAUUUCUAAGAAACACAAUUUGCAAAUUGAAGAGAAAAAAGGACAUAUGUCGUCUUUUCCAGAAUUGGAGAACAAAUAUGAAGAGGCUGUUAUUCGUGCUGAUCAACUUCAACAGGAUAUCAAACUUAUCCUACGAAAACUGAAAAGGGGAAAGGAGAAAAUGGAACCUCUGAAGAGAGAAAUUGAUAAGGCAGAAGAAGAGAUUCGUAGGAAGAAACAAGUGGUUGCUAAUAUUGAGUAUGAUGUAGAGCGUUUGAAGCGCUAUGAAAAAAAUUGUGAAGCGUACCUUAAGAGUGCACAAGCCGAGAUAGUAAAACUUGCUACCCAAGUAGAGGCAGCUGAAACAGUGAAGAAGGAAAUUGAACAGCGGAAGAUUGCAGCUCGGCAAGAGAUUGCAUCAAUCAGUGAACGCCUACUGUCCACGCUUUGAAUCAAUCAGUUAAAACACAAUUCCGGUGCAGUUUUGGUGCUUUCCUGGUACUGUUUUGGUGCAUUUCCGGUGCUGUUUUCAUGCAGCUUUGGUGCUGUUUCGGUGCUUUUCUGCUACAGUUUUGGUGCAAUUUUCGUGCUGUUCCGGUGCAAAUCUGAGUAAUUCUGAUUUUUUGGUGCUGGUGAAUGUGGAAAUUUCUUUGGGGUGAUUCAAGAGACUUGACUCUUUGUGAAUUGAAAUACUUAUCAUGAAAUAUAUUUGGUCCGAACUAGCUUUAAUUUUAUUUAUAUCUUAAUGAAGAUAUGUAUAUUUCAUCUUCAGACUAUAUUGCUCAAUGCUCAAUAUGUCAUCUUUAGAA